GCAUGUUUUCUAAAUAUUUGUGAAUUAUUCAUGCCUUAUAUUUUGUAAUGGACCUCCAUAUGAUCUAUUAGCCAUAAUGGUUUCAGGAGGAUUCAGAAUAAGUCAAAUAUAACAUUUUAUUUGUCAGGUAAGAAUGACAAUUACAUGAAUAAACAAUGACAAUCCAAGUCAAAAAUGAUAAAUACAUAACUUCAGUUGCUCAAAGGUGAAUCUAAGUGUAACAAAGGAGGAGUCGUGACGACAAAGUGCAAGCUUUAUUUCAAAGAGCAAAGUCAAAACUAUAUAAUCCAAGGCACAGGCAAAAGAGAAAUUCACAAGACAGACAAUGAUCAGUGCAGGCAGCAAUCAAUCAAAACAAGGUAACAGUCCAAGGACCAAAACACAAAGGUAAGGAAACAUGGAAGAGCUGAAUAUUCAAUCACCAGUGAAGUGUGUGUGUGUGUGCUAUUCUCAUAGUCCUUCUAAUAUAAGGCAGCUGUGAACUGAUAAUGAGUGCUGAUGAGUCCGGGCAAAGCAGAAUAGGAAAUGGCAUCCUGAGUGAAUGGCAAGGUACAGAAUAAAGUGCCCUCUAGAGGAGCUCAUGGGCACUCCAGCUGGAGAUGGUGACACUAAAAGUGAGAGAUGCCUAACUGACAGCAGCAACACAGCAGCAUCCAAGUUUACUGGCUUGAGGACACGACUACUUGUCACUCACAAUCAAAGCAAUAACAAACCACAUCCAUUCAACCAUCCAAACAAUUCACAAUGAACAAAAAGUCCUGUAAUACAUUUAUUCUUGUUUGAGAAACAGUUAUAUUUUGUCAUGCUUCACAAUAGAGAAGGAAAGUCUGUCACAACUUCCACUUAGUACUGAGUAUCUGAUGUCACAUGAUUUCAUACAUUGACCACAAGUUUGCUUUCCUCUAGCUCUAAAGAAGACAAGUACUGCAUACUUCAACACAUCUACAUGGGAACACGUAACGUAAUUGUUUAAUAAUUGAUGAUUAAAGAGCAAAAAUGUCUGAUGCUAUUUAUGAUGAUGUCAUCAGAGCUGAGGACAUGAAGACAGCUAGAGUGGAGAUGACAGUGGAAAUCUAUGAGAGUGCAGAUUCUGUCAGGAAACAUGACUUCACGACAAAGACAAACAAACCCCCACAAACAAAAAAAGCCCCACCACAUCAGCAGACAGGAAGUGAUUCAGUGAAGAGCUGGAGCUCCAGAACAGCUGUAGUGUGUUUGGUUCUGCUGUGUGUUCUUCUACUGACUGUAGUCAUAGUGCUGCGUGUCCACAUCCAUACAAUCAACACAAACUACACAGAAGAGAGAGAUCAGCUACUAACCAAGAUUAAAAGCCUCACCGAAGACAAAGACCAGCUACUAACUAAUAUUACCAACCUCACAGAAGACAGAGAUGAGCUACAAACCAAGAUUAACGGCCUCAAAGAAAACAGAGACCAGCUACUAACUAACAUUACCAUUAUCAGAGAAGAAACAGAUAAGCUGAUAAUAAAGAACAUAAAUCUGUUGAAUGAGAGACAGCAGCUAAUAAAUCAACGUCAGCUUCUUUGUAAAGAGGAUGAAUGGAUUUAUUAUCAAUCCAGUUUUUACUACAUGUCCAAUGAGAGGAAGAGCUGGACUGAGAGCAGACAAGACUGUUUGAAGAGAAGAGCAGAUCUGAUCAUCAUAAACAACAGAGAGGAAUAUGAUUUUGUUGAGAACCAUACUGUUAAGAGAGAAUUCUGGAUUGGUGUGACUGACACUGAUGUGGAGGACAGCUGGAAAUGGGUUGAUGGCAGCACACUGACCUCUGGAGAGGUCAUGGGAACAAAGGUGUCUCAGCCUGUUUAUGGCAAUAUAAAUACUGAUGGAACACGGGAUAUGGACCGACGCAAAAAGAGAAACCAAACACCUCAACACACAGGAAGUAAUUGUGUGAAUAUCAGAAGCUCCAGAGCAGCUGUAGUGUGUUUGGUUCUGCUGUGUGUUCUUCUGCUGACUGCAGUCAUAGUGAUGUGUGUCCACAUCCAUACAAACAACACAAACUACACACAAGAGACAAAACAGCUGCUAACCAAGAUCGCCAACCUCACAGAGGCAAGAGAACAGCUACUAACCAUGAUUACUAACCUGGCAGAAGAGAAAGAACAGCUACUAAACAAGAACAUAAACUUGACAAAUGAAAAAUAUGGAUUACUAACCAAAAACAAAAACCUGGUUAAAGAAAGAGAACAGUCCAAUCAGGAGAAAAGUCAAUUGUUUAAAAGUCUUCGUGAAAUCGAUGGACAGAUCUAUCAGUCCAGUUUUUACUUUGUUUCCUCUGAGACGAAGAGCUGGGCUGAGAGCAGAAGAUACUGUAGAGAGAGAGGAGCAGAUCUGAUCAUCAUAAACAACAGAGAAGAACAAGAGUUCAUUCAAAAGAUUGCUGGUGGCGAUGGAGUCUGGAUUGGUCUGACUGACAGUGAUGUGGAGGACAGCUGGAAAUGGGUUGAUGGCAGCACAUUGACCUCUGGGUUCUGGGAUCCUCGAGAACCCAAUGGACAUAGAGGAGAGAACUGUGCUCUGACUUAUUCACCAGGAUGGGCUGAUUAUCCAUGUAGUGAACUUUUUCAAUGGAUCUGUGAAAAGAGCAUUUUAAAAUAAGUCAUCACAUGAACUGCAGGUUCAUGUAAUAAAAUACAUAUGGGUACAUUUUCCCCUUAAAACAGCUUUAUUUAAACUGCUACUGCUAAAACA